UGCUCGUGCGCUCGUGAGGGUUUGCAUGGGGGGAGGGGACCCCUGCACAUCACUGAGUGUGUGUGGAUGGCGUGGGCUUCUCUCCUCCAAACCGCGCAGCAUCAUCAUCACUCGGUUCACAGCAACAGCCUCGUACGCAUCAUCAUCCUCAUCCUCCUCCUCAUCCUCCUCAUCACCAUCUCCGGGCUGAAGAGGGAAUCACAUCGCAGGGAUAACGACAGAAGGAGAGCCUGCUGUCAGUCAAGUGACUGACAACUCUUGAGGUGUAUCCUGAACAAACUGAAGCUUCAGGUGGCCUCUCCUCUACGUCUUUGACCACUUUUGCAUCUUCUGAACCUCUUAAAAAUGGAGGACGGUUACCAAAACCGGACUGCCUUCAUAAAAGGCGCCAAAGACAUUGCCAAAGAAGUCAAGCGCCAAGCAUCUAAGAAGGUCGGCCGUUCAGUGGACCGGAUGAGUGAUGAGUACAGCAAGCGCUCCUACAGCCGUUUUGAAGAGGACGAUGACGAUGACUACCCCAUGCAGGGAAGUCAGGACGGAGGCUAUUACCGUGGAGACAGCCAGGCGGCCAACGACGACGAGGGUGGCCACAGUGACUCCACAGAGGGUCACGAUGAGGAUGAUGAGAUCUAUGAGGGCGAGUACCAAGGAAUUCCCAGGGCUGAAUCAGGCAAAGGCAGCCUGGCUGGAGGCCCAGGUUCGGUGAGGGCCGGCGAUCAGCAGUUCAGAGAUGUCGGGGUGUCCGAGGGAGAGAGGAGGAAGGACCAAGAGGAGCUGGCUCAACAGUAUGAGACCAUUUUACAAGAAUGUGGUCACGGGAAGUUCCAGUGGACCCUGUACUUUGUGCUGGGCCUGGCUCUCAUGGCAGAUGGUGUGGAGAUCUUCGUGGUCGGGUUUGUUCUGCCCAGCGCUGAGAAGGAUAUGUGCCUGUCUGAACCUAACAAGAGCAUGCUAGGUCUGAUUGUAUAUUUUGGGAUGAUGGUUGGGGCUUUCCUCUGGGGGGCUCUGGCUGACCGGAUAGGCCGCCGCCAGUCUCUUCUCAUCUCUCUCUCAAUCAAUAGUAUCUUCUCCUUCUUCUCCUCCUUCGUCCAGGGCUACAGCACCUUUCUGUUUUGCCGACUCCUCUCAGGUGUUGGGAUUGGUGGCUCGAUUCCCAUCGUGUUCUCCUACUACUCUGAAUUUCUGUCCCAAGAGAAGCGUGGUGAGCACCUCAGUUGGCUCUGCAUGUUCUGGAUGAUUGGGGGGAUUUACGCAUCUGCCAUGGCCUGGGGUAUCAUCCCACAUUAUGGAUGGAGCUUCCAGAUGGGCUCGGCGUAUCAGUUCCAUAGCUGGCGUGUGUUUGUGUUAGUGUGCGCAUUUCCUUCUGUUGCCGCCAUCGCUGCCCUCAGUGCCAUGCCAGAGAGCCCACGCUUCUACUUAGAGAAUGGCAAACAUGACGAAGGCUGGAUGAUUUUGAAGCUAGUCCAUGACACUAACAUGCGAGCAAAGGGAUACCCAGAGAGGGUGUUUUCUGUCACCACAAUUAAGACGGUGAAACAGAUGGAUGAGUUGGUGGACACUGGCACCGAUACCCCAGUCUGGCAGCGCUACAGGCUGAAGAUUAUGAGCCUCUCUGCACAGAUUCGGAACAACAUUCUUGCCUGCUUCAGGCCAGAAUAUAAACGGACAACUUUCAUGCUCAUGGCUGUUUGGUUUAGCAUGUCUUUCAGCUACUACGGUCUGACAGUGUGGUUCCCAGACAUGAUCAAGUACAUCCAGAAGCAGGAAUAUGAAUCACGGACAAAGACCUUCACUAAGGAACGAGUGGAGCAUGUCACUUUUAAUUUCACCCUGGAAAAUCAAGUGCAUCGCCAAGGACACUACUUCAAUGAUAAGUUCCUCAACUUGAAGAUGAAGUCCAUGGUGUUUGAAGACUCCGUGUUUGAGGAGUGCUACUUUGAGGACAUCACCUCCACACACACCUUCUUCAGAAACUGCACCUUCAUUGCAAGUUUGUUCUAUAACACAGAUUUGUUCAAAUACAGGUUUGUCAACUGUAAACUGGUCAACAGCACGUUCCUCCACAACAAGGAGGGCUGCAUGCUCGACUUCAGUGACGACUUCAACAAUGCCUACAUGAUAUACUUUGUCAACUUCCUCGGCACGUUGGCGGUGUUGCCUGGCAACAUCGUGUCAGCUCUAUUAAUGGACAAAAUUGGGCGUUUAAGGAUGCUGGCGGGAUCCAGUGUCAUAUCCUGCGUCAGCUGUUUCUUCCUGAUGUUCGGCAACAGUGAGUCAGGGAUGAUCGCCCUCUUGUGCCUGUUUGGUGGCAUCAGCAUCGCCUCGUGGAACGCCCUGGAUGUGAUAACAGUGGAGCUCUACCCCUCAGAUAAAAGGACCACAGCGUUUGGCUUCCUGAAUGCCCUCUGCAAGCUGGCAGCCGUCCUGGGCAUCAGCAUCUUCCAGUCAUUUGUCGGCAUCACCAAGGCUGUUCCCAUCUUAUUUGCCGCUGGUGCGCUCGCUGCAGGUAGUUUCCUUGCAACAAAGUUGCCUGAAACACGAGGCCAAGUGUUGCAGUAAAGCAAAAUGACCAGCAGUGGGCAGCAGAGCACAGCUGGAGUGUGUGUUUGACAACUAAGAGCCCGAACAUCCCUGAGAGCUUCAGCGCUGCCCGGCACACACCAACAGAGUAGACUGCCAUCCCCAUUGUAAGCCCAGAAUCCUCUGAAAUAUGGAUUGCAUCAUUUAAAGUCAAUACAGAGCCACAGUGAUUUAAGAGAAGAGCAGCAGAAUUUAAAACCUGUGUCAUGAUAACACAACUACAUCUGAAUGAUUCAGCAGCACCAUCAGGUACCUAAAACAUCUGAUCUUUUCAAAAGUGCAACAUGCACAGGGUGAUGCAAUACAAAUUGUGGUGUGUAGGAUGGAUAAAAUGUUAAUUUCUGGGAGUUUUCUCUCACCGGCCCACAGAUCUACAAUAUCAAACACAACUGAGCAGACAGAUGUCAAAUGGGGAGAUUAGACUGAAAAAAGAAAAGCCAUUUACAGGGGAGCGCAAUGAUUUAGUCUACUCGUGUGGUCGGUUUUCAGAUGUGAAUGCAGUGUUUUCCUUUCUCGUCUGUCCUCAGCGGCCUCAGUGUCUGGCUUUCAGUGCUGCUUUUUCAUUUGCUGCUUGUACAAUUCACUUCACAUUUCCAUUUGGGCUGAUGCUUGUGCUUUGAUGAAACGUUUUUCUUUUGAAAAGAUCUCACAGUGAAUUUCAGGGUGAAUAUGUUGUACAAAAAAAAACAAAACAAAACAAAAAAAAACACCCACGACCUUUGACCACUGCCUGCUUCUGAAGCCAGACCUGUUUCAACCAAAUAAUAUUCAAACAUUCCAGUGAGGCUUGAUUUAUUCAGAAACGGUCAUUCUUCCUUUGUCCUGCAUAAAUUCAGUCUACUCCUCUGCCGAUAGCCUCAGAGCACAGACAGGUGAAGAUGCAUUUCACAGGAUUCUCUGAUGUAAAUGGGAAUAGUUUGAUCCAGCUCCUCAGUGUUGAACUAAUGUUUUUCCCUCCCUGUUGCUGAACCAUACAGCUGUGGCAGCGUGACGUCUGCAACACGGGGACGUCUGUGGGACGGAUUUUGGUCAAGUGCUAAAUGUGAUAGCAGAUAGUGUAAUAGUUGCCUGAGUUAGUAGUGUGAGUUUGCAUGUGUGUCUUUGUAAUGUGAGACGAGAGAGAGUGUCCUGUGUUUCAUGCAAAUCAGUGCAGCCAUGUGGACCAUAAUAUUUUAACUGAUCCAACAGCAGAAUGUACAGAACAGCGGUCACACGUUAAUUUAUACAAAUGAUAUCAAAUAACUCAUUCAGUAGCUCAGGUGUGGUAAAAUAUUUACGCCUCGUUUACAGCUGGUACAACGUUAGAGCACCACUCCACCAAAUUAAUAUAUGUGCAGGAGAGUUUUCUGAUUUAAAAAAAAAAAAAAGUCCAGCUCCAUCUCACGCAUAGCUGCAUUAAUUAGCCUUAAUGUGAAAACAAGUCAUAUGAUUGAGUGUGACAGUUCAUUCGUGACCUCAGAAACAAUAGUUUGACAAAAAAAAAUCUUCAGCCAAGAUCCACUUACUAGCUUUUUGGAGAACUUUCAACUGCAUCUCGCUCUUUGUUCACAGUUGGCGUAGUGUUCAUAGAGAGUGAAAGCUCAAAACCACCUUGUUUGUCUUGUCUUUUUCUGUUUGGUCUUAAUGCAGUAUCCUUUCUUAAAAUUGUGUUAAAGCUGGGGUAGGGAAUUUUCUGGAAAACAAAGGAAGAAUAAGCCCUCCUCCUGCAGCUCUCCUCUCUCUGUCCUACGCCUCUUCAGGCAUGUGCAUGUGCUUCAUACAGUAAUCCAGUAUUUCCCAUACAUCUUAUUUAACUGCAGAGUUGUUGCAUUCGCUCACCGUCCUCCUGCCCCGCUCUUUCUCUCUGUUCAUAAAAAAUGAGACAAAAAUAAGGUAGCUAGCAUAUCCUGUGGUCCGUCUGCCUCGCUCCCUGCCGCUACAGACUAUUUCACCAGGAGGAGAGUGAGCCACAGCUUAGGAGUUGGACCUUCAGUCAGCAGCUGUAGCAACUUAAAUUCAGCCAGCUCAAACCCCUCUGCGCAACGUUUAGCGCCUGGUCUUACCUGUGUAACAGCAGCAACAGAAAGUUUGCUGAUCUGGUGGGGAGUCAGGGCUGUCUGGAUGUCAGGUGCUGGGGUUAACGCUGGCUGGAUUUAAAGUUACUCCAGCUGCUUACUGAAGGUCUGUGCCUGUAAAGCCCCAUGACAUGACAUAUUGUGAUUCAACGCUCUAGCUAAUGUUAACUAAUUAAACGUGAACUUUAAGCUGCAGCCAUGAGCUUCUUUCUUCGGUUAGCAGGAAGCUAAACUGUUAGCAACAUUUUCUCCAUAUCAUGAAACACUUUGCAGAUAUGGACACGCUCUUUUUUUUGUAUCGUUUAUAGUCAGACUCUCUUUUAGACUCUCAUUUUGAUGAAUCUAUCUUCUUUUUUGGGGUUGCCUUGCAGCCUAGACAGAUGUUGCCAAUGCUGAAAUAGCAGGAUUCUCUGCGAACAUGCACAUGCAUCUGCAUUUAUAGAACAGCCAGUAGGAACACCCUCUCUCUUACCUGACCUGGGCUAGAUCUCUAAAGCCUGAAAACAGAGCCAAGAGGAGGUGCAGAAUUCUAGUGUAAGGUUAGUAUGGGAUUGCACAGUGACAGUAGAAUAAAACCCCAGCUACCCCAGUUUUAAUGCUCCUUAAAUCAUGAUGUGAUUUCAUCAUACUCAUAAGCACAAAUAAAACGGGACCAAAAGGAGAAGAAUCAGUAAAAAGGAAGAAAUGAUCAGGCAGUGUGGCACAAAGGGAAAACAGAAAUUACAAAUCACUUGUCUAAUUUCAUUUUAAGGGCUCCUGUUCCUGUCAUUCCUUUACUGCAUCCAUCAGUGCCAGAAAGAGUAAAAAGUUAUCCCUCCCUGUGCUCAUGUAUGAUGCUCUUAAUUGAAGAGUACUUUGAGAGCACAAUGCCUAUUGUGACUUUGAUCAAAAUUGGACCCAAUCACUCUAAAGGGGAAGCUAACUGAGUACCAUUAUUUAUACAUAUCACUACUGCAGUAUAAUUUCUCCAAAGGUGUACAUCAAUAUGUGUGUUGACAAUCAGUGAGUGAGUAUGUGGGUGCCGCUGCCGCCCAGUAGAGUAUGUUGUUUGACCUAAAGACGUCCUGUGGAUUGUGUUGGUUAGUGUGUGUUCAGGAUGUUGGAGGCUUUGGCGCUGUCUGUCGGUAAAACACACACUUCAGAAAGAUAGCGGAUUUUAUCUCAGCUAUAGGAGUUUGUCUGACCUCUUGAACUAUGUGUGUGUGAGUGUGCAUGUGUGUGAGAUAGAGAGAGACUUUAACAGAAUAAUUCAACACUUUGAUAAGUAUGCUUAUUCACUUUAUUGCCAAGAGUCAGAUGAGAAGAUCGAUACCACUCUCAUGUCUGAAAUCAGGAGGUGAUUAGCUUAGCUUAGCAUAAAGACUGAAAUCAAGGGGAAAAGCUAGCCUGGUUUUGUUCCAAGGUAACAAAAUUGGACGAAAUUCUGUGGCAUAUAACCCCCAUAAAAACCACAAGUUGUUAUUUUUACACGUUGGUUUUAGUACAGAUUAAAUUAAAGGGCGGUUGCAUUUAUUCUUUUUUUUAAUCAUCCUUUUUUAUCAUCCUAACUUUAAAUAUUGGUUAAAGUACAUACGUGCUUUUUUCCUUAGCCCUUCUUGAAGCGUUUUCCCACAUGACCUGAUGUAGGUUUCUGCACGAUGCCUGCCAAGCCCUCCGUGAGAAUUGCGUUAGCGAUAUUCCAAAUUAGCAAUAUUCCUCUAACCCCCAAACUGGUAUGGAAGCUAAGCAGUGUGCUGCUGUGCACGCCACAGUAGUUGGGAUCCGAGUGUCACACUAUAACACAAAUGAACUAGCUGAUCGAGGCAGCGGUAGAACUGAAACUCCCGUGAUCUGUGAGGUAAGAUUACUGUUUUUGCCACAGGAGUCUGGUGGCUUUGAAGAGAGCGAUAUAACAGCUUCAGUUCCCCUUUAGUAAGGACUGUGUGACAGCAAGGUAAAGCUGCGUUCUGCUUUUUGUGAACUGCUGAGUGGACAUUUCCAUUUGAAAACCCCAAAAAAUGAAGCAGAUGAAGUCGACCUUUAAAGACAUAAUAUGUUGAUUGUUGAGCUUUAGAGGAGGAUGGAUUUCAUUACCUUUGUGCAGAGCCAGAUUAGCUGUUUCUCCCUGUUUUUGUUCUCUAUGCUAAGCUAAGCUCAAUUUUUAGCGUACAGGCAUGAGAGCAGCAUUGAUUUAACUUCGAACAAGUCCGUGAAUAAGCCCGAAAUGUUGAACUAUUCUUUGAAUGCUGUCAAAUAUAGAUCGCAUUCUGAGGAUGAAAUCUCUCCUUUGUCUUGUGUGUAUUUAAUGAACAAAUUUGUCCCGUCUUAUUCGUGUUAGAAAGACUGUUUGGUUCAUGUGCAGAUGUAUGUAUGUGUGUGUGUGUGUGUGUGUGUGUGUGUGUGUGUGUGUGUGUGUAUGCAUGUGUGUAUUAGAUGAAAUUGUCUGUCACAUAUUUUUCUACUUUUCUCUGUUGCGGUGUUUUCAUCCCUGCGAUGAAUACAGCUCAGUUGGGGACCACGGAAAUAUAUUUACACAAAGAGAAAAAAUAACAAUAUAUGCAGUGUAGAAUUUAAUGUGCCGUUCUUCAUAAUAGACUCGGGUGCUCUUUUGCUGAUACAAUUCAGUAUUUAAAACGAAAUCCCAUCAAAGAUAGCCAGUCUCAGAGAUAACGUGCGGUCUGUUCUCUGUUUGGAAAGACGGAGAGAGGUCACAUUUUGAAUUCACAAAGACAACUUCACCCUCUAAUCCUUCUGUAUACAACCAAUCGUGACGCAUGUUUGUAUCGUAUUGUCUGACUUCUUGGACGUCCUGUAUGCCAGCUGUUUUGUCUAAAGCAAGAACUAGUGUUUUCAUUGUUGUAUGAUGACAUAGAUUUGUUGCUUGCAGUGAUUGUUCUUAAUCAAAGUGGGGUUAAAAUUGGUGAAACUUGAGUAUGUGUUCUGAAAGUAAGUUAGUGGUGACUGUGCUCCUUGUUUAACAUGGACCCAGGUCUUUUUUAAAAUAUAUAAAUAUAUAUAUAAAUAUGCUUGAAUUUCUGAGGAGGAUGCUUGUAAUUGUGCAAUUCAUCUUGUCGCAGAGGUACAAGAGGUGAGCGGAAAAGGGCAGUACGCUUAAGGCGAAUGGAGCCGAAAAUGUGCAUAAAUUAAGUACAAAAAGUACAAUUUGAUAUGAUCUCGUUUGUCCAUGUGAAUCUGUUUUAAAGGGGAAAGUGUGAGUAAUAAAGUGGAGCCUUUCCCCAGGUCUGAGGAAACAGGAAGUCAGUGUUAAAUCCAAAAGGACCACAGUUUUAUCAUCUCAUCAAAAGAGCCCCCUCUGUCAAAUUGAAGCUCCUGUCCAAAAUGUAAAAGUUUACUAUUUAAUGUUACUACGUGUAGAAUUUGCAUUCUAUAUAUAUAUAUAUAUAUAUAUAUAUAUACAUACAUAUAUAUGUAUAAACUAUCAAAAGGGUCACUGGUUUGAGUUUUGUCUAAAAUGACAGCAGUGAUAUGGGAUGUAUUACGAACACCAGCCUGAAGACUUAAGACCUUAAUGAUGGCGGUCUGAUAAAGGGAUGGAGGACUUUUUAUGGCAUGGUUUCUGUCUCCUCAACUCUCAACACACGGAUCACUUCUGAACGAAUCCUGGGAAAAAAUGGCCGACCCAUGCCAGAAAACAACUCCUUCAUCUGCAAAGAACUGCAAGAAUUCUUCACUCUAGUUUGGACUGAAGGAUUUUAUGUUUGCGUUUUCUUUCUUUGACUCUGAUCUGUUUAUUAAAUGAUAAAAGUUCUACUCUAAAUGUGAGUUUAAUUGAAAAAAAAAAUCAAUGUACUGUGUGUAGAAACUGUAGAUGUUUGUACGUGCAAGUUUGGAAAUUGUGGCUCAAAAGAUCAAGGAAAACAAUUCCAAAAAAAAAAAAAAAAGUUCAAUAUGACACAAAAAUCUAUUGUGUGUUGUCUUUGUGUUUUGUAAAUGAAGACUGAAAAUCUUGGUAAAUUCAGUAUUUAUUACUUCUGGAUAUUGAGAAUAUUUUAGUGAUGCUGAAAAGGUGCUGUAUUUAUUUUAUGUGAGAGUUGUUCAUCAUGCUGGGAUUUGCACUUUUGUGCCAUUUAUCCAGUGCUAUGAAGAAAAUGAUAAAUCAUAAUGGAAAUAAAACUUGAAGAAAGAAAA